AUGGAGCAAAUCAAUGCUCUUUUCGAUACGGGAGCUACUCGGAGUUUCAUCUCCACUUCCCUUGCGCAGAGGUUAAAGUUACCCUCCUUGGGAGAGACUAUUUGUCUCGUCUCCACCUUCGGAGGGAAACAGGAACGCAAGCGUUCGCAACAGGUGUCUGCGGACGCUAUCGGAAUAACAGGCAAACUCCUUCCCAUGAAAUUUCUCACCACGAACACUUUAACUGACAAAAUAACGAUUCCUCGUUUGUCGAAAAUGGAUAUCAACUAUAUACUCCGUAAUAACGUUGAUGCACAUCUAUUAAAUACGUCAGAUGUCAAAAUCUUCCCAGAAGUUUUGAUUGGCAUUGAUCAUUACAAUGACGUUAUCAAUACUUCGGAACCUAGCAUCACGUUACCCUCCGGGUUACUCGCCGUGCCUACAUUCUUUGGCCACGUUAUAACGGGAAUGGGAAAUGCCGACGCAUCAUCAAAAAACUGGCUGACAAGCAAUGCAUUCCUGUCGUUAGCGCAACCAGAACACGAAAAUUUCGAUCUUUCCGCAAUGUGGGCCCUCGAAAAUUUCGGAAUAACUGAUCCCCAUAUCGGAGUCGGACGAAAAUCAGGAAAUUCUACAGAAUUUUUACGACACUAUCGAAAUAAGGGAUAA